AUGGCUAAAUUUACCGUUUCUCAAAUUAAAGAUCUAUUAGAUAUUCAUGAGAAUACUUUAUUGAAAAUAUUUAACGAGAAGAAAUCGGCAGAGUUUCUUAGCGAGAAAUAUGAAGCAAUUGUUCAAGAACUUUCUGAAAUAAAAAAAAAGCCUAACUCAACAUCAAGCCAGAAUGAUAUAACAAAUGUUGUUGUCAAAGACAAACUUGCUGAGUUGGAAGACAGAAGCAGAAGAAAUAAUCUAAGGUUUACAGGAAUUGAGGAAGACGAAAAUGAAACGUGGGAAUUAAGCGAUGAAAAGAUUCAAAAUGUUUUAAAGUCAAAACUUGGUUUUAAAGGUAAUGUUGAAAUUGAACGUGCGCACAGGACGGGGAAAAAAAAUAGCGAUGGAACAAAGUAUAACAGAACCUUAAUAGUAAAAUUUUUAAAUUACAAAGACAAAAAAACUGCGUUGGAUAACUAUGUUCAGUUAAAAUUGUGGAACGAUUGGCUUUACGUAAACGAAGACUACAGCGAAAGAACUUUGGAAUUGUGA